AUGUCUUCACAGCCUCACCCUCUGUAUGGCACCACAGCCUCGCCCUCAGUAUGGCACCACAGCCUCACCCUCUGUAUGGCACCACAGCCUCGCCCUCAGUAUGGCACCACAGCCUCGCCCUCAGUAUGGCACCUGGCCUCACCCUCAGUGUAUGGCACCCACAGCCUCGCCCUCAGUAUAGCACCACAGCCUCGCCCUCCAGUAUGGCACCACAGCCUCGCCCUCAGUGGCACCACAGCCUCGCCCUCAGUAUGGCACCACAGCCUCGGCCUCAGCAUGGCACCACAACCUCUCACCCUCUGUGUGGCACCACAGCCUCACCCUCAGUGGCACCACAGCACUCGCCACUCAGUAUGGCACCACAGCCUCACCCUCCUGUAUAGCACCACAGCCUCGCCCUCAGUAUGGCACCACAGCCUCGCCCUCGGUAUGGCACCACAGCCUCGCCCUCAGUAUGGCACCACAGCCUCGCCCUCAGUAUGGCACCACAGCCUCGCCCUCAGUAUGGCACCACAGCAUCAGUGUGAGUGA